GUCUCACCGGACACCGCUGCUACUCGCGAGACGACGCACACGCGCUCUCUUCCAAUCAUGAUAAUAUAAUAAUAUUGUUGACGAAAAACAUUUUUUCAUCACUUCAUUUCAUUAAAUUUUAUUUUAUUUUUAUUAUUUUUUAUUUUUUUGAUUUCGUACGAUCGAUUUAAAUCGCACACACCGCACAACAGUACUCUUCGUGUACAUUAUACAUUAGGAUGGAUAUUAUCACGUAAUACGUCCGGAAUACAUACGAGUAUAUGGUUGUAUAUUAUUGUACGCGUAUAAUUUCGUCAUGCAUCACGCCACGCGCACGUAGUACAUGUAAUUUUUAAAUUUGAACCAUUGCUGACCUCGUGGACAUCGUCACUGUAUUAUAAUAUCGCACCGCCGUCGUUUAUCGAGAGCGACGACGCGUGUACCGUUUAACCGGCAGCGAAAGGUGUACGGAUAAUAUAAUUUCAUAAUUGUCGACAUUUAAUAUAUUUUAUUUUGUCGCGAUACGACGACGACGUCCGCCGAGUGAUUGUAUUAUUAUUGUCGCUGUGCUCGGUUGCCGUCUACGUGGCGCGGUCCCGGAAAGGAACACCGAGCGAGCACUGGGCCGCGUUGCUCGCGUACAGCCGGCGCCGGACGUACUGAUCGUCGGUCGAGACGCGCGCGGUACGCCGGGCCGCUAGUGGGGACUCGCCGCACGGGAAAUCACGUGGCUCGCUGCCGGCGGAACACGUUUGUACACAAAUAUCGCGGUGCGUGCGCGAGUACGUUCCGCGUUUUCGCCAUCAUCGGUCCGAGCGACAUCCGAUCGGCGGCGACAGCGGCUGUAUGCGACUAUGGUGAUUGUAGCGCUGCAGCUGUGUCGCACAUGAACGCGACAACCACGUCCGGCCGGAAGCGCACUCGUGCCGCGACCGACCGUGCUGACGCUGACAGAAAUACCCGCGAAACGGACAGAAACUACAUACGCCCACGUGUUUCAGAUCCUUUCCCCGAAAUGCCGGCCAGCAGACAUCAUCAUCACCACCAUCAUCAACAGCAGCAACAGCAGCAGCACGUCCAGGUGGUCACUUCCACGGCGGCGGUGGUGCAGGCGGCGCAGCAGUCCGUCAAGGAGAAGCAACGGUUGUGCACCAACUGCAAAAACCAUGGGCUCCGCAAGGUGUGGAAGAAGCACAAGCGGUACUGCAAGUACCGGGACUGCCCUUGUCCCAAGUGUAUGAAGACGGCGGCGACGCGCAAGAACUGCGCCGAGCAAACCGCCAAGCGACGGGCUCGGCAGGAGGACGAGCAGCGCGAACAAGAACUCCAGCUAAACCCGUCCAACUUCAUGGACGAGCGUCCCGUGCCGUAUCAGCCGGACGCCACCACGCCCCAGUCCUGCAGCAGACGGAACAUGAGCGAGUCCUCGCAGGUAGCUCGGUCGUCCACGCCCAAGGGUACGAUGUCUCCCAGGACGUCCGAUUUCGACGACAACAGUUCGUCCAUAGACAUCGUCAACGGCCGCGACGGCGUUCUCGGCGAAUGCAUAAUCGUAGACAGCAGGGACGACACCGUUGACGAUCGUGGUAAUCAUCUGGCCGACGACGUAGACAAAAAAGACAUCGACGCAGAUUCCAGACCCAGGAUUAUGAGUAACCAAAUCGAACACGUCAAGUCUAUACUGAAGGAGCUGGUUGGUCGCACCAAAGAUUUUCAAAACUUAAAUGCAUUCCGUCUGUUCGUAUUGCAACACAACACGUACGACGUGGACAAAGCGACCAUGUUAAUUAAACGAGGUGUACGUAGUAAACUAUUGAAUCAAAUUAAAUUUGUACGCAGAAUACUCAUUUUGAGCGCGACUUUUUUUUUUAAAGAUGCAAUAAUUAUUUACAAAAAUAUGUCAACGAUAAAUUACCUCUGAGUCGCGCCAAUAUCAAACAUUAAUAUUAAAAUAUUUUAUUGAUUAUUAUUUAUCAUACAUCAACAAUUAUUUUUAUUAUGAAAUACAUAUUUUUUAUUUAAUUUAAACAAGACGGUCGUGUGUGACGCGACGUUUUAAGAGUAACUUCGAUGACGAAAACGGGCUUUUACAAGUAUCUACAUUAUUUAACGUUUAACUUAAAUUCCGGCCUCCAUACGGCCAAACGUAAAAAUACUCUUAAUUAAAUUAACGUGUAUUACGAUCGAGUCGGUUCGUGUCGAUUGCGGACCUCGAUUCUCGUACCAUACACAGUCUCAUUUAUAUGCCUCUAUUUUAAGUACCGUACGGAAUUGUACAAUCGUAUUUGUUUUUGGUUUUGAUUCAAUGGAAGAUUAUUAGAAAAGGAUCGGUGUGUUGUGAAAGGUUUGGGUGUUAAUUGCAGAACUUGAUAGUGUGUUUCCUUGGAUUUGACCCACGGUAAACACACCGGACAAUGACGCAAACGGGAUGGUUAUAUAUAUAUAUAUAUAUAUAUAUAUAUAUAUAUAUACGAUAUACAUAUAUACAUAUAUGUAUAUAUAUAUAUAUAUAAUAUCAUCAUUAUUAUGUUAUUACUAUUACUUGCUAUUACUCGCCUUUUUUUGUCAUUGUCAUUGACGCAUAAAGAGUGUUUUCACCGGUCAACCCACCAGAUAUCCAGCCAGAGGCUGUGCAGAAAGUCCGAUUGUCAAAUACACGCUGACACAAAUGUACACCGUGUGCCAGCUGCGCUGCAAAAGUGCGCCCGCCGCGUGUGACCGUUUAUUGUGUGCGUGUGCGUGCGAGUGUGUGUGCGUUUGUGUGUUAAUAAAAUAUAUGCGCGUUCCGAUUAAGUAUGUGCCACUGGCAGCAGCCCAUAUCAAGCUAAGACAUAUUACUGUUAUACUGUAUAUAGAUGAUGAUAUUUAAUUUUCUCGGUCCCUUGUAAUAAUAAUAGGUAUAUUAAAUAAUACUUAAUAUAUUACGUUCAUUUGAAUAUUUA